AUGGAGCACACCUCCGAUGGAUCGUUCCAGCAGAAGCUGGUAGGCAGCAACUCGUUCAUCAUCGUUGCUGAGAUUGCAGCGGAGCCAUUUCGACGUUCUCUGCACGUGAGCGGCGUCCUGGAGUACGACCAUUUGGCGCUCAAGGUAGGUGUGGUACUCACCCCGCUCAAACAUGUAGGCCGUGUGGUGCGCCAGGAAGCCUCGAUGGACGACCGCGUGUGGCGAAUUUACUUCACGGAGUUACUGAAGCACGAGUUGGUUGCCGAGACACCGUCAGUCAUUUUGGUGGACAAUUUGGCGUCACACGUGAGCAAUGCAUCCGUCUAG